AUGUCAUCGACCAACGAACCGGAACAGUAUCCCGGAACGUGGGGCGCCAUCACGACCAAGCACUUCCACCCUAACACGCACGAAUGCUACGGUGUCAUCCACGGGCGUUCCGAGCUCGUCUUCGGGCUCGGCGGCGCGGACGCCGUCGAAGGUGACAGCGGCAACUACGAAGGCGUGCGCGUCACCGUCGCCGUGGGAGACGUUAUCGUCGUGCCCGCCGGUGUUGCGCACGCGUCUGUCCAGAAUGAUCGAGACUACAAGUACAUCGGUGUCUAUCCAGAGGGAUCACCGAAGUGGAGGAGCGAGUGGGGGAAGAGAGAGCUCAAUGGCAUAGAUGAUCCUUUGUUCGAUGAGAUCAAGGGUGUGCCUUUUCCCCGAUGUGAUCCGGUUUUCGGCGCGGAUGGCCCGCUGAGGAAGGUUUGGGGCGAGGUGUUGACGAAGUGA